GGAUAAAACGAACAAAACGUUGUUUAAAAUGCAAAAUUUCCAAACCCCGUCGCAGGCAAGAAUGAAUGAAACUCCAUCCUAAAGGAUGGACUUGCGAAUGGAUCACUGCAACGAUAGUCCCUUGAGCAAGCUUGUAAACAAAUCAAGAGAGCGGAUUAAAUCCGGUGCGCCACGUGAGAUACUUAGCUAUACUUUUUUUACCCUCCGUCUUCGUUCCGUUCCGAACCGAUGAGAUGAACAAGAGUGGACGUGAACCGCAUCCACGCGGAAGAGCGGCUCGUUCGUGCGGUAAAACUCGCCCUGUUUGGCUUAAGCUAAGCUGCUGCGUGAGCGAGCGAGAGCGUUUAAAACGAAAAGAAACGGAGCGAAAGAUAACGCUGAGCAAACGAGAGAGCUGAGAAUGCGCGAGCACCGCGAAAAGAGAAAAAAAGCAUGGAGCCGAGGAAAACAAAGCAACCGCGCGCUUUGGAACCGUUUCCAUCGCGGCAAGUGAAUCAAUUGCGUGCGGCUAGCGAAAGACGGAAGGACCGCGGUCUGUGUUUUUCACCCUGUCAUCCCGGUUUAUUUCGACGUGCGUUCGUUCGCCGUGGUGGAUCGCGUAGCGUGCUGGAUUUAGACUAUUGGAUUUUACAUUAUUAUGGACGGGUUGGUGGACGAGUGCUAUCCGAGUUCUUUGAUCGAAACCGUUCAAUGUUGCACGUGUGCGAUGUAAAACUGCGCCCAUUUGAAAGUAAAGCUCUGAUAGUUGAUUACCAAGCAAUGCAUAAGUAGUUGAUUGAGUGUCUAAAAGGGAGCGUCUCUUAUCUACGAUCGAAGUGAAGCGUGUGAAGUGCUGAAGAACCUGUUGCUGGCGCAUAAUUAGUGACAAGUGCCCUCACAUCCAGACCGGAAGAACAGCAAAGGUGCGAAUGAAACUGGACGAUUGUCCUUCUACAGUGAUUGUGCUAUACUUUAAAGGUGUGAAGACGUGCUGAUAAGGUGCCGUCUAGGUGACGGUUCGUACGUGAACACGUGUGAAGAUUUCGAUUGGAUUGUCUGAGCCUGUGUGCCGAGAAUUUCUGCAACAUCUGAAACAUCGCUCGCUGUUGAAAAGUUCCAUCCUUUUACGAGAACGUCCGUUGCUGAAGCCGUGAAUCACCGUGUCGUCGGCGCGCUCACGGGGAAAACAUUCGUCUUUCGGUAAAGGCGUGAAGUAGCAGCGAUAAGUCGCGACAAGUAGUGGUAAUAAACUUCGCGUACCGUGUGCGUCGGUGGUUUGAACCGCGACAUGAGCAAAACGAAUACAAAGGCGUGCAAAGGGGUGUAAUAUCUGCCGCGGGUCAUAACCGCAGUGCAUAGUAACGACAGUGUUUGUGCAAGACAGAGAUAGAACGACUGUGUGUGUGUGUGCGCGUGUACUUGAAUGCGGGCGAGCACGAAAUAGCAUCAGACGAUCCGAAUGUGUGUUUUAAGACUGUGUGCCACCUCUUCUCAUUGAACGGAAUUGAUGUGUUCGCGGUCGCGUACUUGUACGAUUGGGAAAGCGGUUGCCCUCUUCGAUUGAUUUCCAGCGGGAACUUGGAGGGCCUUACAACAGAAACGUAGAACAUACAUACUGGAGCACCACCUCGGUUGGACCAUACCUAGAAGGAGAGAGAACGGGUGAAAGUGGGAGCAUAUACUAAACAAAGUAUGGCAGAGCUUAAUCUGCGGUUUGGAUUCGUUUUCUAAGUGUAUAUGUUAACGUUAAAGUCACUGUGUGUAGAAACAGGGGAACGGAUGCACAUCCAAAAAGCUCAACACACCUUCCUUUACCGUUUCGAGAGCUACCGACAAAGUACUUCGAUGAGCCGAUCGACUGGCCGAUACUAAUUGUCAGUUUGAAGUUUGUCAAAAGUGUCACGUAUCAGGUCGCCUGACGGACACUUACCGACCGCGUGGCGUGAAGGUUCGUCUCCAAACGCUGGAUCUAAUCGCGCUGGGGUGUGUUGCUGUUAGCACUACGCUGACGGUGUGCGAUCGCGGUUUGGUGUGUUGGUUGUGCCAGUGUCAGAUAUCUAACUUUGGGCGUCCAAUUGUGAAAUCGUGCGCGUAGAACGUGUGUACGUGUGUAAGUGUGUUUGUGUGUGUGUGAUUGUGCUCGCGGGUUCAGAAGCAGAACGACCGGCGAAGUGUCGCGUGUUGUUUGUUAUCUCUCUCUCUGUGGCUAGUUUUGCCAUUGAACCGUCUCAGUGCGUUUUGCCCUAACCUCUAUACCUGCCGUGUAGUGUUUCCCAUCCUGUAGGGCGCUUAAGGUGUGCUGUUGUUAAGGGACGGGUGGUUUAAUUGGGGAGGGAACGGUCAUAGGGCUAUUCCGCUAUCGGCAGCCAGCAGCAAUGAACGAUCGCGAUUGUCGUCGUGAGUGAGAUCAUGAGGGAAGUGGACACUUCGGAAACAUCCGUCGUAUGGCCUGCAUGGUGUUACUCAGGAGAAACAACAGUUAAUGAAGAUUUACCACAACGGCUGGUGGCGGCGGCAGCAGCAGCAGCAACAGCAGCAACAACGGCUGUUACGUCUUCUCCGAUAGUGCUACUGGCGCAGCAAGAAGACCAUCAACGGCAGAACCCGCGACACCAACCGGAGCACCAGCAAGCGUCAUCAAAUCAAUCUCGGUCGUCAUCAGCUUCAUCAGCGUCAGUGUCAUCGUCACCGGCGUCUUCGCCACACUCGCGCACAUCACCCCUGUCACGGCUGGAAAGACGGCGGGUAAAACGAAAAUCAAUCACACGUACGUCGCUGUUCAGCCAACCACCGGUGACCAGCGCCAUUGCGGCUGCUCUCGAAGCUAGUGCCGUUGCAGUACCAGGCAGCUCUCCCGGUGGACUUUUAGGGCUUUCGGCAAACCGGCGGGUUGCUGAGGCGCUGUAUGAUGGUCGAUCGAUCGAUGGCGGCAAUGGAGCACUGUUGCUGAGCAAUCAACACGAUCGGAGCUCAGACGACGCACAGAACGAAGCAGUCACUGACGAGGAGGAGGUGGAGGAGCAGGAAAACGUGAUAAAAUCGAAGAAAAAGAAGAGCGUGAAAAACAAUCGUUUUAGUGUUAUCGACACUAAACUCCUGCAGCAGUAUCAGCAGCAGCGGCAAACGAAACUGCACACAUUGGACAAGAUGCUAAGCGAACGAAUUUACGAUCGGAAGAAGUAUCUGAACUCUCCCACCGGUGGUAGUGGUGGUGCUAGUACUGUCGGUAGCUCCACAUCUGCCAGUGCGUACUACGAAAAGUAUCGCAAUGGCGCAUCCGGUGACUCCGGUGAGUCGCAGCUGAACCUGAUUAAGAAUGGGACAGGUGGCGGUAGUUCGAUCGGUAGUCUCAACGGCGUUAGCUCCAGUGCCCAUCUCAGUGCAAUAGCGGCAAGCAUUAUUAGUAGUAGCAACGGUAGCAAUAAUGGAGGGGGCGUUAGCAAUAACAGUGACGAAAACGGCACACUGUCGUUACACGGCGGCAGUAACAGCAAUAGUAACCAAAUUAGUAGCAACAAAAACGGCAACAACAAUAAUAACAAUAGCAAUACAAACAACAACAACAUCAGCAGUGGUGCGAUCGGAAUCGCGAAUAGUAGCAACAGCAGCAGCAUCAAGAGCGAGCGUUUCAGUCCCCCAAACAACGAUGUACAAUCGAUGGCGUCGAGGUCGCGAAGUGUGACACCAUCGUCCUUCUCGGGGACGCCACCACAGACGAUGCACGCGAACGAUGCCGGUUUUGCCAGCAGUAUUUCUACCGGUGGGUUACUUCCGUCCCCGAACUCUUCCUCCGGUGUUGGGAAUUCCGUUGACCGGACCGAAUAUCAGACGCGAAAUUAUUCCGAUUUCAUGCGCAGCCUGGCCGCCAAGUACAACAACAAUAAUAACACUAAUGAUGUAUCGAAUAUCAAAAAUUCUUUUCUUGAACCAAAAAUGCGUCUCACUCAGCCAAAAUCGUACAUCGAGCGAUCGUUGAACAGUAAGAAAGGCAGCCCUCUUACCUCCACACAAGUACCUAAUCCAAGUAUUAUGACGUCGUUGUUUUCGGGUCUUCCAUUCCAAACGGCCGUCUUUCCACCACUGAUCGAUAUGAGCAGCACCCAAGCGCUGGUAACGCUGGCUCGAGCUGCAAAAGACUCCGAAGUACAGAACAUUCUCAAAGCGGAUACGGGCGGUGGUCUCAAGAAAUCUUCCUCGUUGUCGCGAGGUUCCUCCCCACCACCGGCCACCACAAUUGGCAGUCAUCAUUUCCCUUCACCUUUCGGUACGGGUUACCUACCGCGGUUACUUCCGAACCAUCACCACUUGGCCAGUUUUCCCUCCCAAUCGCCCGCGCUCGCGACCAGUGGCCCAUUGAAGUCACCUUCGCGAGCACCAGAACCGACUGCCCUUGUCUCCACCUUUCCGCUGGACCUGAGCGCCUCGACGCCGUCCGGCAGCAAGCGGAUAAAGCUCUCGCCGACCCCUAGUCGUCAUCAGGAAACAUCGCCAGCGCCGAGCUCUACCAACAGCCAACCGUCCGCGGACUCGCUCGAUCUCAAGCCGAUCCGGAAGUGUCACGCACGCGUAGAAGAAAUCAGUGCCUGGACGGUGGACAACGUGUGCGACUUUGUUGCUAGUAUCGAUAUCUGCGCCGAGUAUGUACAGAACUUUCGUGAUCAGAGCAUCGACGGUGCAGGAUUGCCGCUACUAACAGAGGAACACCUGACGAACUCGCUCGGCAUGAAGCUGGGGCCGGCAUUGAAGUUACGAUCGAUGUUGGCCAAAAAAUUGGGUGGUCCCUGUCCGUGUGCUCUGUGCAGCGUACCCGCUCCAACACCUCCGGCCCGGACCAACAGCAGUGGCAGCAGUAGCAGCAAAGGCGACACAACUCCCACCAAUCGGCCACCGAGCAACGAAGGGUCGAUUGGUUGAUCGUACGCUCCCACUCCUAACCGACUCUCGUUUGCGGGAUUGGUGGCUUACUGGCAAAGGCCUUUCCAUUUUCCAUCCAGUUUCCAGACGUACUUACUUACAUAGGCAGGACACCGAGUGCAGGCCGUUUUUUUCCAAUCGACAUGCCGGGACAUGUACAAUACUAACGAUUAAGUUGGAUUUUUUUUUUUAAACAUUAACAUAGAAACCUUCCCCAACUCACAGCAAAAGACACGUGUACGUGAUCGUAUUGGUUUCGUUGAACAAAAGAUAUGGGGAAACAAAAAGUUCUAUUUACCGAACCGAGAGUGAGUGUUUCCUUCAAAAAUUCUGCAAUCGAAAUGUCCCAUCACGGAGCGAUGCUGCAAAGCGAGGGUCAUCGCAAACAGUGAUCGGUGUAUUCUACGACCAAAGAAACAAUAACAACACAAUGUGAGAAUGUGUUUUCAUUUCACUAAACUAACAUUACGCGUUCGAUGUGGUCUGGACACGCGAAGGAUUCCAAUUUAUGGAAAAAAUCAUAAAUUCUCAAACAUUCAUAUUCUGAAGGAAAUAUUUUCUCCUGUACGGUAAAUAAGGUAACAAACGAUCAUAUUUCAGUGAGUGCCUAUCGUGGCCCUGGUGCAAUUAAACUAUUGAUAUGUUCACGCAAAACUCUAAGGAUAAGGAUAAUUAUAAGCAGGAGCAAACACGAAGCGGCGACUCAAUGUUGUUAAUUUCUCGUUAUUUAUUCAGUUAGUUUAUGAACUGUGUAGAGAGGUAAAGCUUGUUGCAUUAGUCAAAUGUGUCCUUUUGUAGCUCGGUUAGCAAAUGAUGGAACAAAAAAACACACACACACACAUAAACAUGUAAAAGACAGCUCUAGUUUUCAAUCAUCUCUGGAAAAACUUUCUACGAAGAAUGGUCACAGUUUUUCAUAAUUUGUUGUGCACUGUUUUUACAAAGUGUCCAAUUGAACCACUUUCCCUCAGCGAUUACAAUCGACACAACGUGCGUGUGUGUAAAAUGAUUUCACUAAUAAACGAUUUCACUAGAUGUUGCUAUCCAUGUGGAAAGUGGGAGGAUACGAUUUCAUCCUGUUUCCAGGAGCAGAACAGGGGCCUAUUGGUUAGUGCAUUAUUUAAAAAUGUUAACGAUAGCAAUAUCAGUAUUUAAAUACAAGAAAACGUUAAACUUAUACAAACACGCAAGCGGACAGCAAAUACCGUGACGGAAUGUUGUGGUAUAAGCAGUCGGCAAUGUAUGUAAGAAAUAAAGACAUUACAACGAAAUAAAUUAAUAACGAAUCAUA